UCUGUAUUCACAAAACCCUCCAACUGUUUUCUUCCAAACAUCAACAAACAGAUAUGCAUAUAAUUUCCCUUUUGGGUAGAGAUUGUUGAAAUGCCAGACACGAGACUCCUACAUCAAAAGGAGCUGAGGAGCCUUUCACAUCGCACACAGAGCUCCCUCUGUGAGCCUGCAUCUCUAAACCGGUGACCUUACAAAUGAGCGCGCUGCAUCAUUGUGAGAAUUGGUGUUUCUGGGCGGUGCAAAGUGGAGUAGAGCACAUCAGAGUGCAGGGUAUCUGAGCACAGCAGAGCACAGAGAGGCAGGCACAUCCGCCGCUGGAGGGAUCAAAUCUGUACCAUCUGACGCUCAAGGAUUUAUGGGUUUAGUCAAAAUUGCUUUUCCCACUGUGGAGAUUAAGCACCGUAGGAUGUUUUCCACUCAGGCCAUAGAAUAGCUGAGUGUAGCUGCUGCUGCUGUUGCUGCUUUUCCUCCCUCUUAUCAGCUCCGGCGCUGGAGAAGGGAAUGUCUCAGCAAGGCAGAGUGCUCCGAACCCUUGAGGGGAAUAUUUUCUGACUGACAGGAGAGGUGCGUCCUCUGGGGAAUGUGAACCAUGCAGGUGGAUGCUGUUCUUGUGCUCUUCUGUGUUUGGCUCGCCGGUGCCGCUGGGAGGAUGACCCAGUCGAGGGGUCACAAGCUGCAGACCUACAAACAGACCAGGUCGCGAAGAGAAACCAGGAUGGACGGGAGUGGAGGUCAAAAAACCGGAAGUCCAAUUUACAAACGGAGUCCAGACAUGACGAAAUCUCUGAUGACAAAAUCCGAGCAGCUCCUGAGAAUAGACGACCACGAUUUCACCAUGAGGCCUGCCUUUGGAGGUCCUCCAAUUCCUGUUGGAGUGGACGUUCAAGUUGAAAGUCUUGACACUAUCUCUGAGGUUGAUAUGGACUUCACCAUGACUCUGUACCUGCGUCACUACUGGAAGGAUGAGCGGCUGUCGUUCCCCAGCACCAACAACCAGAGCAUGACCUUUGACAGCCGCCUGGUGAAAAAGAUCUGGGUUCCUGACAUGUUCUUCGUCCACUCCAAGCGAUCUUUCAUCCACGAUACCACGACCGAUAACGUCAUGCUGAGGGUUUACCCUGACGGCAACGUCCUCUACAGUCUCAGAGUCACUGUCACUGCCAUGUGCAACAUGGACCUCAGCCGCUUCCCUCUGGACACCCAAACCUGCUCGCUGGAGAUUGAGAGCUAUGCGUACACAGAUGACGACCUGAUGUUGUACUGGAAGAAGGGCAACGAAUCCCUGAACACGGAUGAAAGAAUAUCUCUGUCCCAGUUCCUCAUCCAGAAAUUUCACACCACCACUAAGCUGGCUUUCUACAGCAGCACAGGCUGGUACAAUCGUUUGUACAUCCACUUCACCCUGCGGCGCCACAUCUUCUUCUUCCUGCUGCAGACCUACUUCCCUGCUACUCUGAUGGUCAUGUUGUCCUGGGUGUCCUUUUGGAUCGAUCGCAGGGCCGUCCCCGCCAGGGUGCCGCUCGGCAUCACCACAGUGCUAACCAUGUCCACCAUCAUCACCGGGGUCAACGCCUCCAUGCCGCGGGUCUCCUACAUCAAGGCGGUGGACAUUUACCUCUGGGUCAGUUUUGUCUUCGUAUUCCUGUCGGUGAUAGAGUACGCGGCGGUCAACUACCUCUCCACCGUGCAGGAGAGGAAAGAGAGGAAACUGAGGGAGAGACUGCCGUGUACAUGCGGCAUUGGCAACCCUGACGACAUGAUGAUCGACCCCCAGAUCACUGGCUACGGGUCCAUGGAUGUCAACACCACGGGGAAUUAUGGGAUGCCAGUGAACGGCGGUCGACAGGACAGAAUGAUGGCCCAGGUGUCUCUGAACGACCCGCAGAUCACAGGCGAGGUGAAGGCCUCCAGAGGCUAUGUGAACAUUUGGAUAGACACCCACGCUAUAGACAAGUACUCCAGGGUUGUGUUUCCUGGAGCGUACAUCCUCUUUAACAUCAUCUAUUGGUCUAUCUACUCGUAACCAAGGAAGCAGAAGAUGAUGUUGAGACCCGAGGAGCAGGAGGAAAACAUGGGAUGCUUUUCGGACAUGAUGAUGCAUGGGGACCACUGACAGAUUGGUGACCAUUGCCUUUUCGACCCAGCCACUUAAAACUGCAGAAUUUUAAAUCAGCAACUGACAGGACAGGACGGUCAUCAUAGCUGUUUUUAAUCAAUCCAUCAAAUCUGUGUGGUUUCAUGUUGUUACUAUAGACAUUUGGAUAUCGUUGUUUCCUGAAAACGCACUGCACAGAGAGACUCACACACAUGGACCUGUGAAUCUGUGCAACUCACUUCAGUUCUCAAUGCAGUGGCUCUUUGAAACUCUUUACUGAAAAUAUCAACUGGAAGCAGAUUACUGACACUUGUGAACACAUUCCUUCUCUUUUGUAUAUGAACUAGUCGUGACAAUCAAUGGCAAACUGAAAAUAUUUUGAGGAUAGUUUGUCGUUAUUACCUUCUUAAUAUGAUUCUGUGGUGAAAAACUCAACUUACUCUUGGCUGAGGAAAAAAAAAGGGGAACUUCCCAAAACAUGUUCUUCUAAAAACCUGAUAAUGUGAUUAUUUUAAGUCUUUCCUUUGCAGCACGUUAGUUUGAUUCAGAAUGUGUUAAAUGUUCUGUUGAUCUUUGCAUCAAUGCAGUUACUUUGCUGUCAAGCUACUUACUGUGUUUAUGUGAUUCGACAAAGUUCAGUAGAAGUAAAAAGAGCAAAAAAUGCAGUCAAUAAAAACACCACAGUUAAUAUGUAUGUUAAGUAAAUCCCGAAUAUGAACUAUGGUAUUGACUUGAUAAAUGUACUAAUUUCAUAUUUGUAUUUUUGAUACAACUGAAGCUCAUCUCCUCUGUUUGAUGUUGUGAGGCUUUGAGGUUACAGUGACCUGUUAGUUGCUUGUUCUAUCGUCUUUUUCAGCUUUAAACUAAACUAUGUUUUGGUGGUUAAUGACAAUUUUAUGACAAAACAUUCAGAUAAUAUAUUAAACUCUGUAAAAAAUGGUAUCAAUGAGAUACAACACAUGCUUUGUUAUCUGAACUUACAGGUGCUGAAGAACACAGUCAACUUAUUGUACAUUUGAAAUCUGCUCAGUGUAAUACAUGUACAGAUGUAAAUGGAUUUUGCUGCAUGGCUUAAUAUCGCUUUUUUCUGAAUGUUGCUUCUGAAGACAUCAAUUAAAAUCUGCUCAUAAC